AUGGCUUCCAGGCAGACAACACCACCUCGAGCCACCCGUUCGGUGGGGAAACUGCCACCAAAUCCUCCCACGCCGGAACAGAUACGGAAGAUGGAACAAGCCCGUCUCAAGGCCAAAGCCGCUGCAACACAAGCCCAAGCGAAACCUUCGCCUGCACCAGUCGCUGGUGCAAAGCGGGCAUACUCGAACAUCACAUCAGACAAUGCGCCAACACAAGUGCGUAAUGCUGGCGUAUCCCAAUCCAAGCCCGACCACAAUGGCUUCAUGCAGCCCCCCUCAAACGACUACAUCCAGCCUGCGAAGAAGUAUGCGCGAUCCGACUUCAUAGACUACGACUUCUCCAAGAUGACAGACACGAAAGGUGGUUUCCUUAGCACCGUUGAUGAUCCUCACAACAAAGCCAUGUGGAAAGGCCAACCUAAAGAAGAGCAAAAACCUGAGGGUGUCACAAUGGUGGAAUGGGAACGCGAGCGCAUCCGCCGCAAAUUACGAGCCAAUCGUGCCGGUCCCUACGAGCCAGGAAUCUCUAUUCUCAACGCCGUCAACGGCAAAGAAGAAGCCGAAGAUGAAGAUGCACUCCUCCUCGAAGCCGCUGAGAAUGCCGAGAUCGAAGCAGGAACCUUCAAAGGAAAAUACGGCGACGGAAAACGCGACGUCAAAGGAAAGUGUCGAGAGUGCGCAUCAUUAGAGAUAGAUUGGAAAUGGCAAGACAUAUUUCACAUUGGCGUCUGCAACACCUGCAAAGAGAAAUUUCCAGACAAAUACUCGCUGCUUACCAAAACGGAGGCGCGAGACGACUAUCUCCUUACCGACCCGGAACUCAAAGACGAAGACCUCCUCCCGCAUCUCGAACGUCCAAAUCCACACAAGCAGUUUUUCCACCCCAUGCAACUUUUCUUGCGCCUGCAGGUCGAAGCCUACGCUUUCAGUCCCAAGAAAUGGGGUUCUGCCGCCGCAUUAGAUGAAGAGUACGAGAAGCGCCAGAACGUGACAAAGGAGCGCAAGCAAAAGAAGUUCAAAAACAAGCUGGAACAGUUGAAGAAGAGGACGAGGGCAGAGGCCUAUAAGCGUGCGGGUUUGACGGGUGGAGAGGCACAGUUUGGACAGGUUAUCAAGGGGAGAUAUGAUAGACAUGAGCAUGAGUGGGGUAGGAGUGUGUUAGAUCCCGAGACGGGCUUGACAAGAAAAAGGUGUGAAGAGUGUGGCAUGGAAGUUGAGGAAUUGGACUUGUAG